AAAGGUUUUCAAGUCUCCCUCUUUCACGCCUCUAAAGCCGUACUACUGGUAUUAUUCACAAGCAUCGUUUUCAGCAGAACUGAUGAAUCCAAUCGAGGAAUCCGAUGUGGGCAUAUCUUGCUUCAUUUCUCAGCUUCCCAGAUUCCGCGGAAUCCUCAAGCAAAGGUAUUCUGACUUUAUUGUAAAUGAAGUGGAUUUGGAAGGCAAUGUUGUUCAUUUAACUUCAUUAGAUGCUCCCCAGGAGGUACAUGAAGAAAAGGAGGUAAAGGUUACUAAUCCACUCGACAGAAGCUAUGCAAAUGAGAUAGAAUCUUUCAGAUCGCUUGCCACCUGUGAUUCUGAUUCUGACAAGCUCAAAAGUUUUAUAGACAAAAUUAGUUCAGGCGCCGAUGUCAGUGAUGAACACAUACUUCUUACACCGAGCUCUGAUAAAUCACGUCGGACAGAGAUUCAUAAUUUUAUCAAGGAAAAGAUGAGAUUUCUUGUUACAGACACUGUUGAUGGGCCCGAUAACUCCUCAAAGUGUAUUCGUGUAAGGUUAAAUGUUGGAGGUAAUAGCGGGAGGGGUAAAAAUUCCAGGAAAAGGAAAGAUCGAGGUGAAAAGCCCUAUGAUAGUAGAGGUUCAGAUCAUUGGCCACAAGAUCUUGGCAAGUUUCUGAGAUUUCAUCUUUACAAGGAGAACAAGGAUACACAGGAUGCUCUAGGUCUUAUUGCAAAGAUGCUUGGCAUUCAGCCUAGGUCAUUUGGAUUUGCUGGUACAAAAGAUAAACGUUCCGUUUCAACACAAAGGGUGACUGUCUUCAAGCAACGGGCAAACAAAUUGGCAGCUCUCAAUGAAAAGUUGAUUGGAAUCAAAGUUGGUGACUUUUGUUAUGCUAAUGAGGGGCUUCUACUUGGGCAGCUUUAUGGGAACCGAUUCACUAUAACAUUGAGGGGAGUAAUUGCAGAGUCAGAUGAUAUAAUUAAAGCCUCUGCAGCUGCACUCGGAAAGAAUGGUUUUGUUAACUACUUCGGGCUGCAGAGAUUUGGAAGUGGAUUAGUGCCAACUCAUCUUGUUGGAGCUACUCUACUGCGUGGAGAGUGGAAAGCAGCUGUAAACAUGAUUCUUGAUCCAAGAGAAGGGGAUAUCCUUUAACAUUUCCCAUCUCCCCUCAAAUGAUUUCACAUAAAUCUCAAAAACUGAA